GAAGACGGCGGCCGGUGGAAGGAGCGGUGGGCGGGGCUUGGUUUCAGACCGGCGGCAGGAGGGGCUGAGUGGGCCGGACUCCUCGUACACCGGCGGGGGUUGAACAUCGCUGUUAAACGCAGCUGCUGCUCGAAAGUAUUUGCGGCAGACUUCAGGGCUGUGACUGUGUCAGUGUGUCACUGUGAAUCGGUACACGGCUGGAGAAAAUGUCUAACGUUAACUGGAAGCCCUUUGUUUACGGCGGGUUAGCCUCUGUGACGGCUGAAUGCGGGACCUUCCCAAUCGACUUGGCUAAGACACGUCUUCAAGUCCAAGGCCAAGUGGGAGACAGCAAAUACCGAGAGAUUCGGUACCGAGGCAUGCUGCAUGCUAUAGUGAGGAUAGGACGAGAGGAGGGGCCCCGGGCACUGUAUUCAGGGAUAGCUCCUGCCAUGCUGCGCCAGGCCUCCUAUGGGACCAUAAAAAUUGGCACAUACCAGAGCUUGAAGCGACUGCUGGUUGACAGACCAGAGGAUGAGACGUUGCUGACUAAUGUGAUGUGCGGUAUUGUCUCUGGAGUCGUCUCCUCCUCCAUCGCCAACCCCACCGACGUGCUAAAGAUCCGCAUGCAGGCUCAGGGAAAUGUGAUCCAGGGCAGUAUGAUGGGCAACUUCAUCAACAUCUACCAGCAAGAGGGAACAAGAGGACUGUGGAAGGGCGUCUCAUUAACGGCUCAGCGAGCAGCCAUCGUGGUCGGGGUCGAGCUACCGGUCUAUGACAUCACCAAGAAGCAUCUGAUCCUAUCGGGUUACAUGGGGGAUACCGUGUACACACAUUUCCUGUCGAGCUUCGUGUGUGGUCUGGCGGGAGCUUUGGCCUCCAACCCGGUGGACGUAGUUCGGACACGCAUGAUGAACCAGAGAGGAGGAGCUCUGUACCAAGGAACACUGGACUGUAUACUGCAGACGUGGCGCUCCGAGGGCUUCAUGGCCCUUUACAAGGGUUUCUUUCCUAACUGGCUCCGCCUGGGACCGUGGAACAUUAUUUUCUUCCUCACGUAUGAACAGCUGAAGAAGAUCAACGUGUGACGGACAGAAUGAAACGGCGAAGAAGAGACGAGUACGAACGCAUGCGCCGACGAGCUGAGAGGACCAAAAUCAGGAAUGGCUGGAGGGGGAUGGAUCCUUGAUGGGAACCACUGAAGAGUGUUGGUGUUGACCCACGUGUGAGGGGGGGCGGCAUGAGAAUUCGCCUGAUUCCUGUUUGGGCUACAUGUCGUCUAAAGCCUGUGGCAAGUGUGGAAGACACUCAUACCUGAUGUUUUAGCUCAUCCAAAUGCUAUGUAAAGCUUAACCGCUCUUUAGAUUUCAUAACGGCCCCUUAAAUUCAUGUCACAUAACGUAUUGACUGGUUAAUGGGGGGAAAUGUAAAAUGCAGAAGCAGUCCCAGGCUUGUUUCAGUCACAAGCUGCUUUAAAACAUCUGCCACGAGGAAAACACAUAAGGGUUUUCAGUCUUCUACACUUAAAUCGAGUGCCUUAGUUUGUGAUGCAGGCUGCCUGUGCCUGGGUUGUGUACGGACUGAGAAUGUCGGAUAGCAGCUGACAAUCGCAGUGAUCAUUCCCUUUUUCAAAAUGUUUGUGUGCAUUGAGUCAACACACCUGGACUAGGAUCUGGUGUGUUUUUGUUUUUUUUUCCUUUUUCUACAUUUCUAAAUUGGGACUUGGGUGUGUGAAGUUAGUUAUUUUAAGAGCCUCUGGAGUAUUUACAGAGCAAAGAGCCAAGAAUACAGCAAGGUAUACUGUAAUAUCAGUUGUAUAAACAGUGUGUGUUCUCAGACAGGACACACACAUCACAUUGCCCAUAUGUGGAGAGGCCAGCAAGUGCAGACAGUAAAUAUAACCAAGGCAGCUGGGGGUUUACUCUCCCUGGGUUCUCGUGUUAUCGUAUUCGUCGAUGUAAAGACGUAUUUGAGACGUAGACGUUAUGUAACCCUACAUAUGAUAUCCCACCCCGCUUUAAAACCACUGGGUCAGAUUGGAGCAUCCAAGGUGCAUUAUUAAAUGAUGUUUAAGUCUCUAAAAACCUCUGCACACGAGCCACAGUUAACUCCAGGUAUAUUUUCCUAUCCCGUAUUUGCACGCUGUAUGCUUAUCUGUGAGCUUUCAUUGUAAAGAAUGAAUAUGUGGCUGGUUGUUGUUGUGUGUACGCGUGUGUGUGAGCUGACAUCGCUGCCAAAGUGUAAUUUUGUCAUACUUUUGAUGUCAAUGUAAAUGCUGCUGUAGCUCUGUAUAUUUGAAAUAAAAGAGGAAAAAGCCACCA